GUCCACAAGCUCAGGAAGUCAGUCACAGCAUCUUUUUCUGACCCUCAAUACCAAAAUCCAAGUCCCUUAGAGAGAGGUUCCCAUGUACUUCUAGGACCAACUAGGGUCAUUACUGAUUCCUCUGCCUACUACCAAUGUCAACAGGUUUCUGCUGGGACAGGCUUGCUUCUGCAAGAGGUGGCCUCGACCCGGGGCAUUGGAGCCUGGGGUGUACUAGUACUGGAUGAGGCUCAAGAGCGGUCAGUGGCCUCAGACUCACUUCAGGUGCUGCGAGAUGCCAAGCUGAGAAACCUUCCAGGGGACCCUAAAGUGGUUGUGGUUACUGACCCCUGCCCUUGUACCUAAGCUCCAAGCCUUUGGGGCAAUCCUCAUGUGCAUGUACCCAAAGAGCCUGGUGAGAGUCCCACUCCUGUGUUCAGAGACACUGUCCCUACUGAUCCGGUGGAAGCUGCCUGCCAAGCUGUGCUUGAGUUGUGUCAGAAGCAAGUUCCAGGAGAUGUGCUUGUGUACCUGUCCAGUGAGGAGGAAAUUUCCCUGUGCUGUGAAUCCUUGUCCAGGGAAGUGGGGACCUUGGCUCUCCCAGGACCUCAACCACAGGUGCUGCCCCUUCACGCAGGCUGUGGCCAAGCCGUUCAGGCUGUAUAUGAGGACACAGACAUGGGUGCCCGGAAAGUUGUGGUCACUCAUUGGCUGGCUGACUUCUCCUUCUCCCUCCCCUCCAUCCAUCAUGUCAUUGAUUCAGGACUGGAGCUUCGAAGUGUUUACAAUCCUCGGAUCCGAGCUGAAUCCCAAGUAUUAAGACCAAUUAGCAAGUGUCAGGCAGAGGCAAGACGACUGCGAGCAAGAGGGUUCCCACCAGGGUCCUGCAUCUGCCUAUACCCUAAGUCCUUCCUAGAACUAGAGGCUCCCCCACUGCCCCAACCCAGGGUGUGUGAAGAGAAUCUGAGCCCCUGUGUUAUACUAAAGAGGAGACAGAUCGCAGAACCAGGGGAGUGCCACUUGGACCGGCCUGCUCCAGAAGCAUUGAUGCAGGCACUGGAAGACUUAGACUAUCUGGGUCUGGAUGAUGAUGGGGACCUAUCAGACCUGGGAGUCAUCCUAUCAGAGUUCCCCUUGUCCCCUGAGCUGGCCAAAGCUCUGCUGGCAUCCUGCGAGUUUGACUGUGUAGAUGAGAUGCUCACCCUUGCUGCCAUGCUUACUGUUGCCCCUGGGUUUACUCGUCCUCCACUCUGUGCAGAAGAAGCUGCCUUGCGUCGGGCUCUGGAACAUGCUGAUGGUGACCACAGCUCUCUGAUUCAGAAUUUAUGA